AUGACGGCGCCUCAACUCUUGCCGUUCGCGCUUCCCAGCGCACCGUCAGGUCACAAACCCAUCGCGCCCACUUCUCUCAGCGCGCCCAGCACCUCGACGCUGCUAGCAGCCGGCCCCUCCUACGUGUCGCACGUGCGCAGGCAGGUCAAUCAGCUCACCUUUGAGCAGGAUGAUCUCAACGAAAAGGCUCGACUGGACGAGCUGGAUGCGCAAGGAGAUGAUGAGGAGAUCGUGGAUGACAUUGGUGACGAGGAGGAGAGUCCGCGUCUGCUAAAGAGCGACCCAAAGGAGUGGAAGAGUCAAGACCACUACGCCGUGCUCGGUCUGUCUGCUCUGCGCUACAAGGCCACGCCUGCGCAGAUCAAGCUUGCUCACCGCAAAAAGGUCUUGAAGCAUCACCCAGACAAAAAAGCGGGUCAAGCCGGCUCGGAAGGCACCAACGACGAUUCCUUUUUCAAGUGCAUCGCCAAAGCUCACGAUGUGCUGUCCAAUCCAGAACGUCGACGCCAAUUCGACUCGGUGGACGAAGGCAUCGACGAUGAAAAGGUGCCCACCGGCAAGGAGCCCGAGGCGAAGUUCUUUGACCUCUGGCGACCAGUCUUUGAGCGCGAGGCUCGUUUCAGCAACCCAAAGAAUGGCGCGGUGCCGGAGCUGGGCGACAUUGACAGUCCGCGCGAGCAUGUGGACCGCCUGUACGACUUUUUCUACAACUUUGACUCGUGGCGCACGUUCGAGUAUCUGGACAAGGACGUGACGGAAGGCGAUGAGAAUCGCGAUCACCGUCGUUACAUCGACAAGAAGAACCGUGCUGAGCGCGCUCGCAGAAAGAAGGAGGACAAUGCGCGCCUCAGGAAUGUGGUGGACAAGGCGCUGGCAAGCGAUCCCCGCAUCAAACUGUUCAAGCAGCAAGAGAAGGCUGCCCGCGAGGCCAAAAAGAAGGGCAAAGGCGGUGCGCCCACCAAGUCACCCGCGGAUGUCGAGGCGGAGAAGAAGGCGAAAGCGGAAGAGGAAGCAAAAGCCAAGGCCGAGUCUGCCAAAAAGGAGGAGGAGGACAAAGUGGGUGCGGAUGUGGUCUGCAACUUCACCACAACAGCUGACGCAUCCUUUGCCUUGCAGUCCGCCCGCGCCGAUGCGAAAAAGGCACGCGAUGCCGCCAAGAAGAAUCUCAAGAAGCACAAAAAGGCAUUGCGCGAUCUGGUCGUCUCGCUCAACUACUUUGCUGACGGCGCACCCAGCGCUAGCGUCAUUGAGCAGCAGCUCGAUGCUCUGGACAAUCUCGUGCAGGCGUACGUCGACGCAGAGGAACCUGAAAAGGUUGCCAAGCUGCGCGAGGACGCCGAGGGUGCCAAGAGCGACAAGCAAAAGGUCAAGGCGGUGUUCAAUGUGGCUGCGCAGGAGAAGGGUAGCAAGGGCAAGGAGGCCUACGAGUGA